CUGAACUUCCUAAUUCUCAUUCUUCCUCCUUCACCUCUCUCACACUCAAAUUUAUUCCUUUCUUCGAACAAAAUCACAAAUGAAUAUCGAUUACAAACAUAAAUCCAUAGAAAACCUAAAGUGCCAUUCUCCAUAAAUAAAGUUCAAUAUUUUUUGUUUUGGUUCCUUCUGCGGUUUUUUUGAGUAAACCACGAAAAAGGGGUUUUAUGAUAUUCCAUGAUCAACAACAAAAAAACCCAAUUUGUUAUUAUUUCAUUUGAUUAUUUUUGGAUAUGUUGAAGUUGUGGAGAUGGUACCAAAAAUGUUUGGCUGUUCAUCCUGUUAAGACACAGGUUAUUAGCUCUGGAAUCAUUUGGGGUGCUGGUGAUAUUGCUGCUCAGUGUGUUACUCACUACACUGCUAAGACUCGUACUACAACUGAGGAUGACAACAAAGAAUUCAAGAUCAACUGGAAACGGGUGUCUACGACCAGCUUGUUCGGAUUAGGAUUUGUUGGCCCUGUCGGCCACUACUGGUAUGAAGGUUUGGAUCGGUUUAUUAGACUGAAACUCAUGCUUAAACCCAAUUCCUUCCCCUUCGUUGCCGCCAAAGUUGGUGCCGACGGAUUUCUCUUUGGACCGUUAGAUUUACUUGUGUUUUUUACUUACAUGGGUUUUUCUACCGGAAAGAGCGUUCCUCAAAUAAAAGAAGACGUGAAGCGAGACUUUCUCCCCGCUUUGAUUCUAGAAGGAGGCAUAUGGCCAGUUGUUCAAGUUGCGAAUUUUCGGUAUGUACCCGUAAGGUAUCAGCUUCUUUACGUGAACUUCUUCUGCUUGUUGGAUAGCUGUUUCUUGUCUUGGGUUGAACAACAACAGGACGCACCGUGGAAAGAAUGGAUAAAGUCGUUUAUACCUCUGAAGUAACCGAGCUUGAUAAGUGCUUUCAAAUCUCUCUCGAUGGAUUCACUGCCUUUCCAGUGGAAGUUUGUUUCUUAAAACAAGUGACUAGAUUAGAUUGCAUACAAACAUUUUCUAGACUUUCGGAAUUUUUAAUUCUGGAAGUGAUGGAAUUGCAUUCUCACAUGAUAUGGUUAAUGAUUUCAUCCUCAAUACAAGUUGACUCCUUUAUUUCAUUGAAUAAAUCAAAGUUACAAUUGCUCAUUA